UAAAAAAGAAUGUGUCUAGUUAAACUAGACUGCGGUUGUCCAAGAUCGUAUUUCCUGUAGUCAGAUUUUCUGAAAUACAGUUCAAAUAAAACUCCAAAAUAUUGGACGGAGUGUUUUAAUAUGCUUCCAUUUUCUCAAGAAUAACAAUACCCUGCAUCUUUGCUUAAUUUCAAACAAAUCUCCCGUGAAGAUAUUAAAAAUUCAUCAAUAGUAGGCGUUUACUUGGGCGUUUUUACAGGCUUUAAAAGCCGCGUUAUCAAUGAACCAAUGACAGCUCUUUAUUUACACUAGCAGCCAAUCGUAAGUUUGUAAAUAGCUCCCCACAGAGAUAGAACGCCCACGUGAGCUGAAAAAGAUUCCGGUGAUGUCCUGUCUUAUCCCAAACAUCCGUUCAAUGUCUAAAAUUAUAUAUUUAAAACAAAACACUUUUCGAAAAGUCAGAUAAUUUAUUUAAUUGAGAUUAUCAGUGCAUCCUUUCGACAAGCGUCAGUUCAAAUUGGAAAUUCACUGGGACAUGAAAUUAAAACUUGAAUCUAGCGCACAGGUGUGGGUUUCAAGUGUUCAAAUUACACUCGGCUUGAUAAGUAAUUCAUAUAACGGGGGAUCGUAAUAAAAUCCUAACAUCCAAUUCAUUAUUGAAGUUUCACACUUAGAAAAAUGAAUUAAUUUAACUCACUUUAAGCACUGGUGAGAAGCUUUGCUUCGAUUACCAAAUGCAGGAUAUAUCUAUUUAUAUUUCACAGAGUUAGAAACGAGUGAUUAAAGAAGUAAGAAACACAUAAUUCCAAGUUAGAAAAAAUAUCCAUUAAAACUAUCGUCGAAGGAAAAAUAGUGCCAGAAACGAAGUGAACUGGAAGACUGAAAUUGCAAAUGUGACGCUCUUCGUUUAUAGGAGAGAAAGUGUGACUACAAUAAAAGAAAUAAGUUUACUUUGGCGUGUUUCUGCAACGAAAACGUGCCAAAUCAGCUGGUUGUGAUCCUCCAUCGAGCUGGCGUUAUCAACUAGAACUUCAGGAGCGAAACGGUUACGGAGUCUUUUCCAAACAAGCGCUCCUUUACAGAACGUGCUUGUUUGACGGUUUGGGAAUUUCAACUUGAUUCACAGACCGUGGUUGAACGUGCCGUCGAUUGGAACUUGGCGACUUAACGUGUGAUUUGAAUUGUAGAAAAUGAAUUGACACCCUGUUAUUACCGAUUGAUACGUGUUGUUUUGGUGUUUCUUAAAUUUGAUUUAUUGGAACUUGUUAUGUAAGGUGUUACACACUUAAAAUGAAAGAUAAAUCAAAGAACGCCGCUCGAACGCGGCGGGAAAAGGAAAAUGCGGAAUUCUACGAACUGGCAAAGAUGCUCCCCUUGCCUACUGCCAUAACUAGCCAACUGGACAAAGCUUCGAUAAUACGACUAUCAACCAGUUAUCUUAAAAUGAGAACAGUUUUUCCAGAUGGUUUAGGUGACCAGUGGGGCUGCGUGCCGUCCAAACACAGAACUCCCCUAGAACGGGAACUGGGUUCCCACCUUUUACAAACCCUAGAUGGUUUUAUUUUUGUUGUUGCACCGGAUGGGAAAAUUAUGUAUAUCUCAGAAACGGCGUCCGUCCAUCUCGGUUUGUCACAGGUGGAGCUAACCGGAAGUUCAAUUUACGAAUACAUCCAUCCGAACGACCAUGAUGAAAUGGGAGCCGUCUUGACGAUGCAGCAGCCGUGUAAUCCCCACGUUAUACGAGAUUUUGAAGUAGAAAGGUCUUUCUUCAUUAGAAUGAAAUGUGUUCUUGCCAAAAGAAACGCUGGUCUCUGUUCCGGUGGAUACAAGGUAAUUCAUUGUAGUGGUUACCUGAAGGUCCGGCAGUGUCCGGUGGAGAUGUCACCGUACGAAACCUAUCUACAGAACGUCGGCAUGGUUGCCGUCGGUCACUCCCUUCCUCCCAGUGCAAUCACAGAAAUUAAAAUGUUCAACAAUAUGUUCAUGUUUAGAGCUAGUCUAGAUCUAAAACUUAUCUUCCUCGAUGCCAGGGUAGCACAGCUUACAGGGUAUGAACCCCAAGAACUGAUAGAGAAGACCCUAUACCAUCAUAUACAUGUGUGUGACAUCAUGAACAUGAGAUUUGCUCAUCAAACAUUACUUAUGAAGGGUCAAGUGACUACCCGUUACUACAGGUUCAUGUGUAAAGAUGGUGGCUGGGUUUGGGUCCAAAGUUAUGCUACCAUAGUUCAUAACAGCAGAUCAUCUAGACCUCAUUGUAUAGUCAGUGUCAACUAUGUUCUUAGUGAUGUAGAAGCAGCAAAUUUACGGACACAUAUAGAUCAAGCACCACAUAAAGAGUUAGCAGACUUUGGUGUCCACGAGCGACACAAAGUCGGCAAGUCUAGAACUCCCAAGUCUAAACAGAGACAGUCACCAUAUCCUUCAAUACCAGAGCCAAGAGAUUAUCAAUCAGAAUUUGAAAACGGAUUUAAGGGUGACAUAGACAUUGUUAAUCCAUUACAGGGCUUUCAGGGUAUUUCCUACUCACCUUCAGUGAUAGCGAAUCCACAUGAUGCAUUGUUAGAACGUUAUAAUGCAUUGUACUCGAGCCAUCCUAGCACGAGCUUGGGGUCGCAUACGUUUAAGGACUGUGUUUACAGUUACCCAUCUCAACAAGGACAUUUUGAUAGUGGGCAAUAUAGAAUUGGUGUUGAAGAUGCUUUUUCACCAAGAGAUUCGGCGGACUUUCUCCAGCUUCAUACAAACACUGACGAUGAGCCAAAACUGAAUGAAACGAUUCAUUUGACCCCGUUAUCCCGCGAAAUCAGGUCAAAUGGGACUUGUUCUAGAAGUAGCAGUCGUGGCGAAUCAUUCGGAACACCUCUACUUCAAGAAGUAACUAGCAACAGAUCCGAAUCAUCGUCCGACGUUGAUGUUAUUUCGGACGAUAUUGAUGUUUCCAAAGCAGACAAUCUAAAAACUGCAAAAACUAAAGAGUGUCAAAAUGUGCCAACUGAAUCAGUUCAACAAUCAGUGAUCAUGAGAAUGCCAAAUCAGAAUCAAUCAUAUUCAUCAUCCCCUAGAUACAGUUGUGAUUUCAACAAAUCAAAUUUGUCAAAAUCACCGCGCGCAAAUCAUGCAGAAGUUUUGAAAUAUACGUCCGAGACGGAAAGUAGUCCAAGUUCCAGUUUCUUUGUAGACGAUAGUACGGACAAAUUGUAUGAUGGAAUUAAACAAUUUAGCGCAAAAGGAUUCGGGGAGGACCCAUUAAUGCAAUGUUUAAGAAGUGGUUACACCCCUUAUGAAGGGUAUAAUCAGAACAGUUUGUACACAGCAACAGGGUUGCAGGCUAAGCCAUACAAUGUUGUUCCCCAAGCAGGUUAUACUAGUGUCAUUGUAGAUACAAAUCAGUACCAAAUGGCAAAUGGUUUUGUGCACUAGCACAACCGUCCAACAUUUAUAGCCAUAAAAAGUCACAAGACCUGUCCUGUUCAAAGCUACUUUACGGUUGUUGAAAUUGUUACACGUUGCGAAUUAUCAGAAUUUGAAAAGGCACUUAUUUGGGGAUAAGUUACAACAAUAUAUUGAAAUGCAACAAGUUUUUCAAACCCUGA